UCUAUUUGUAAAUCUAAUAUUAUCCCAGACUCGGAGAGGGAUAGAGAUUUCAAUACGGCAGGAAUAGUGAGACCUUUCCAAACCAGAACUCCUUUUGGAGCUUCCGAAAGAGAGAGAGCGAAAGAAACAUCAGCGAUUGUAAAGAAGCAGUAAAAUAGAAACAUGGAGGAAAGGAAGAUGAAAAGAGUGUCUCCAUCUAAUCCCUUCCGUUUGUCUUUUUAGUCACUUCUAUGAUCAACUCAUUUUGUCCCCCUGCAUAAAUUAUAAUAUAUACCACUUUGCUGAGCGGAGAGAUAGGAGCUUUUCAGAUUGUGAAAAUGGUGACUGGGUGGAGAAGAGCGUUCUGCACAUCAAUCCCCAAAGAUAGAGAAACCAAAAUAUUAUCAGAAAAGCAUCGUCAGCAGCAUUGUGAGAUUAGCAACGUUGUCGUCCAAAGCCCAAAAUUCAGCUCCAAGUUCGGGUUUUUCUCCAACCCAUCCACGCCUCGCUUGCAGUCUCAAACCAUCUCUAGCCCCAGCCUCCAGUGCCGGACCACCACCAACACCAACACCACACCCACUUCGUCAGUGCCUAAUAGCCCGAGACUUCAAUGCAAAACGGAAACUACCCCAAAGAAGAACAGCAGCCCCAGAUUGUUCCAGUUCCCCAAUCCUCUCUCCCCCAAAUCACCUUCUAGCUUCUCACUCCUCAAAGCCAGCUUACGUCUCUCUAAAAGUAGAUGCGGAAUCUGUUCACACAGCGUGAAGACCGGUCAAGGAUCGGCCAUUUUCACCGCCGAAUGCUCCCACACCUUUCACUUCCAUUGUAUUUCUUCCCACAUAAAAAAGCACCAACUUUUGAUUUGCCCUAUUUGCAACGCAACUUGGAAGGAACUUCCUUUGCUUGCUAUCCAAUCGAACCCUGACAAUAGCCAAGAUAACUGCCAGAGAGAAUCUACGAUCACAGAGGUCGAGACGAAAUGCUUGAGAGUUUACAAUGACGAUGAGCCUUUGAUGUCCCCCACUUGCGGUGCUCGGUUCAAUCCCAUACCCGAAUCAGAUGAAAAUGAAGAGGACGAAAAUGGCGCCGUUGGAUUUCAAGGCUUUCUCGUAAGAUCUGCUCCAUCAUCUUCCCCGAGAUUUAAUGGAAGAGCAGAGGGUAAUGAUAUGUUCAGGAACGUGGAGGUGAGGUUAUUCCCGGAGGCCGCAGUGGUCGCCGUUGGUAAAAGCUACGAGACCUGCGCAGUCGUUUUGAAGGUGAAAGCCCCGCCAUCUCCAGCUCUGAACCCGGAUUGUCGGGCUCCGAUUGAUUUGGUAACGGUUCUCGACGUGAGCCGGAGCAUGUGUGGGCUCAAAUUGCAGAUGAUGAGACGUGCUAUGAGAUUGGUCAUAUCGUCUCUCUCUGCUACCGACCGUCUCUCUAUCGUUGCAUUCGCCGCAAGCUCCAAACGGUUGUUGCCUCUGACGAGGAUGACGAUGAAGGGCCGGCGAUCGGCUAGAAAGAUCGUCGACGCACUGGGUUGUGUUGGUCAAGAAGAAAGCUGCGCAAACGACGCACUCAUGAAGGCAGCUAAGGUGCUGGAAGAUCGGAGGGAGAGGAACCCCGUCGCCAGCAUCAUGCUUCUAUCCAAAGGUCACGACGAGCGCGGAUCACCGAGCUCCGCCAAUGCGAGGCUCUCCUCUCCGCUUUGCUUCUAUCCAAAGGUGUCAUCAAGCCGCUUUGCUCAACUGGAAAUCCCGGUUCACACCAUCUGUUUCAACGAUCAGCAUCCUGAAGACGCCUUGGCCAAGUGUGUGGGUGGUCUUUUGAGCGUGGUUGUUCAGGAUCUAAGGGUUCAACUCGGGUUCGUUUGCAGUUCGGGACCGGCCGAGAUCAUCUGUAUAUAUUCUUUGAAAGGUCGGCCGACGGUGCUCGGGUCUUGUUCGGCCCGGCUCGGUGAUCUCUACGCCGAAGAAGAGAGAGAAUUACUGGUGGAAUUGAAAAUACCCACGUCUUGCAUUGGGUCCCAACCAGUGCUGUCCGUACGGCCCUCAUUCAGAGACCCAUCGACGCAACAGCUCGUGUACUGUAAAGAGCGGGCGUUCCUGAUACCGCGACCCCACUCAGUCCGGUCUACGUCUCCCAACAUCCAACGGCUGAGGAACCUCCACAUCACCACCCGCGCCGUGGCGGAGUCUCGGCGGCUGAUCGAGCACAACAAUCUAUCCGGAGCUUAUCACUUGCUGACCUCGGGUCGGGCCUUGCUGAUGCAGUCGAGGUCCGAGUCGGCGGAGGAGUUCAUGAGCGGCUUGGAAGUGGAACUUACCGAGCUGCAGUACCGGAGACUGCAACUUCAGCAGCUGCAGGGCCAAAGAUCGAGAGCCAGCAACGGAAGGGAGGAAAUCAAUAGAGUGGAGGAGAAGCCGGAGCCGCUUACGCCGACCUCGGCUUGGAGAGCCGCCGAGAGAUUGGCUAAGGUGGCGAUCAUGAGGAAGUCAAUGAACAGAGUCAGCGAUUUGCACGGCUUUGAAGAUGCCAGAUUUUAAGUUUACUUUAUUAUUAUUAUUAUUAUUAUUUUAUUUUAACAGUAAUUAAUGCAUAAAAAAAAAAGGGAUGGAAAGAGAGAGUCAGGGGCCCAUGAAAAGGACAAGAAGUAUGGGACGGAUAGGCCCUUUUAAGCAGUGGAAAGCGACUGAUAAUGAAUGGGAACCCCACUUGAA